GGAGUUUCAGGAUAGUAAGGAAACAUCACCUCUAUAUCCAGAAUCGCCCGUUCCCUGGCAUACAGCAACUGGAGGAGUGUGAGGACCAGACUUUGGGCAAGAUGAUGACAAAGCUUCCUGUGGAGCAUUGACAUCCAUGCUGUACUAGUAGAUAUUUUCGUCCCUUUCGCCCCACGCGUCCUCUCAAAGAGACGCUGUCAUUCACUAUAAAGGCUGAACAAUCUGGGCAUGAUGUCCUGUUUUUCUUGAUCGCGAUAUACUGUUCCCCAGCAAUGCUGUGCUGGUUAUCCCUCGUGCUUGUCUUGGCGACUAAUGUCGCUGCGUUUACCGACUCACCCUCUCCAGAAUCAAAAGAGCCAAACGAUAUACCGUCUCAGUGCCAGGCACGUGCCUGGGUGAGAGCACCUGACAUGGUUCCUGGCGAAGUCAUCGCAGGGGAUGUCAGGAUCAAACUCAGCGGACCAUGCACUGACGCCGAGAGCUAUGCGCUAGGCUUGCGCUAUAAGGAAAGAAUAUUCUGGAAGUUGCGACGGGAAGAUGCGCCGAUUCUGGAAAGGCCCAAAUUGACGCAUAAUUGGACGGUCUCGAACAGUGAUUUGUUCCGAGUCCGGAACUUCCAGAACGUAAACUACAACGAAACAGAAUGGAGUGCGUACGAGAACUCAAUUAAGAAUAAGGACUCGUGGACUAUACACGAGGAAGAACGAAUUGCCUUUGAGAUCAAGAGUCCUCUGGCUGGUGCAGGGAGGACAGAUACAUUGUCAAGAAACUUCACGACCCGGUUCGGAAUUCUGGUACCAAAUACAAACUACCCUCCAGGAUUAGACAGUCGUGCAGGCUUCAUGUCUAAGGGGGAGCGGCUGAUUGAAUCGAUUUACGAGUACUUUGUCGAAAUCGAGUUUGGCAAUGGUACCACUUCAGAGAUACCUGCCGGAGUGACAGCCUUUACCCCGUUCUACCUCUCGAUGGAAAACAACGCACCCAGUGCUAACGUAUCUCUGUCUCCUGCACCCCCCGGUUUUAACACGAAACCAUCAGUAGACGGGUUGCGGAGUAACUACACGGUUGAAGUAUCUUUUCCUGAAGGAGCACACGUCUAUCGAAACUCAUCCGUGAAUUUUACGACCAUUGUUCAUCGGACAGGAUAUACGAAUCGGACAGACAUUCCUGUAGAGCUGUGUGCGUUCUCGGCGAAUGGCAUUGAAUGGAAUUCUCAGGAGCUCCAGAACAAAUCACAGAUGUUUAAACCAUUCAUCAAAGCAUUGGUCCCCUCCAUUAUCCACGUGGAGCAUUUGCGAUCCUCUCAAGUCGUAACCCCUCAUCCAGUACCUCGUUCCCCAUGCAGAGAGAUCAAUUUUGCGGCAACUCCUGCAUCCUUGGCUCACGAAAGCUACAUCAUUUCCACGUCCUCCGAACCGCUUUCAUUAUCCCUCCACGUGCAACACGAUGCUGUUCCAGAUUUUUCAACUUACUAUCACAAACUGGGACUUCGUAUCAGUCUGCAACUCCAUAUCGCGCCUGAUCCAUCAGAGCCAUGCGAUAAUGAAUUCGAGAAGAUACAACGAGAGAAGCAGAUUGCGGAUGCAGAUGAACUCGAUUGGGUGCCCUGGACGCCGCCAACGCAGACCAUAGCCGAUUCCUUUCCGGCGACACCAAUAUACUUCCACUACCUGUCUGACAACGCUCGCCAACCAGUAUUUGUUGAUCCGUCAGAGAUCUCUGACCUUCGUUUGAUGUUGCCCGAGGAACGCGACUUCAUUGCCCCACUCGCGCAGCCGUCUAUAAAGGUGUUUGGCAUGGGAGAAGAAAUUUCACGCAGAUAUUUCACUGACGCUAACAUAUGGUACCCGAUAUACGUUGGGGACACCUGGGUCAAGAAAGUAUUACCUAUGAUUACUAAGGAUCAGGGCGAGAGUCAUACUGUGGACCACUUGCUCGUUGUGCAGUGA